CUUAUUGAAUUACCCUGUUUAAAUAUAAUUUUAAUUUUGAUUUAUCAAUAGAAAAACCAAUUGAUGUAUUCAAUGUCAAAGACGGCGCUAGAUAUGUUCACAAAGUGCGUAGCGCUCGAGUUGGGCCCCAAAGGCAUCCGGGCUAACGUUGUCAAUCCCGGUCCCGUUAAGACCGAGUUUAUCGAAAUCUAUCGUAACGUUACUAAAGCAAAAUCCGAUGAAUUAUACGAAGAGGGAGCCAAGAGGUGCCCGAUAGGACGGGUGGGUGAGCCCCUGGAUGUGUCAAAAGCCGUGUUAUAUUUGACGUCCGAUGACGCGUCGUUUGUGACCGGAUCCAACUUCGUGGUCGAUGGCGGCGCCCAAUAUGUCUAACCCUUAUAUUUAUCAUAUUAUGGUCAUGUCUUAUUUAUUGGUAUUAUGGCCUAGAUCAAUUUAAUCAAGAAU